UUCGAUACUUUGAACCUUGGCCUUGGCCUGCCAAAGGCAUGCCUAGUCAUGUUCGGGUGGGGUUGGUAAUGCACAUCCCACAAAAUGAGUAUCUUAUUCAAAACACUGGAAAUGACACUAAUCAUGUUCUUAUUCCUCAAGGAACUAUUUUCCUUGCAUCAUGCAGGGCUUUGACAAACAAAGCAGUUGCUGCCAAUGAUGGGAAGCCACUACCACUUUACCAGAAAGCUCUUUGUGGGCUGACAGCUGGAGCCAUUGGAGCUUGUGUUGGUAGUCCAGCAGAUUUAGCACUCAUACGUAUGCAGGCUGAUGCCACCUUGCCUUCUGCACAGCGGCGAAAUUAUACAAAUGCAUUCCAUGCACUCUACCGUAUUGUUGCAGAUGAAGGGGUUCUGGCACUCUGGAAAGGUGCAGGUCCUACUGUUGUGAGAGCAAUGGCAUUGAAUAUGGGCAUGCUUGCUUCAUACGAUCAAAGUGUGGAGUUUUUCAAGGAUUCCCUUGGUUUUGGUGAAGCUAGUACAGUUGUCGGUAAGAUGGUUUGGCCAUAUCCAUGUUACUAACAAAACUAUUUUGCAUUCUUCCAAUCGAGAUAAUGCCUUAUCCCGAUUGCAAUUUUCAUGAGUUUCACAUGUUGAACUGAAUUUGAUUUUUGGGAAAAAUUGUGAUUUCCUAAUUUUCCAGAUUUAUAUUGCAGGGCUUCCAUGACUAAUUUAUUUUUUGUUUUUCUGUUAUACUGAAUUUKAUUUAUAUUGCAUAAUUGCAUGUCUUCCGUGACUUAUUUGGAUUCUGAAGUAACAAGCAUCCUUGAAGGAUGUUUUUUGUGUAACCCACUAGUCCAUUGCAUAGCUUACUCUAUUUUAUUCAAAUUUAGUUUAAGCAUAGGUCUUGAAGUGUUUUACAGAAG